AUGAGAAACUCGCAAGAUCUCAGAGGUAUAAACUCAGUCCACCCAAGAGUAUCAAAUCAACCUGAUGAGGUUAUGUUUAAACGGAAUAUCGAGAGCCAACCUGGCCACGAGGACAGUGAUUCCGAUACCACGGGCCAGGAAAAACAACCAACAGAUCCAAAUAUUGUGGAUUGGGAUGGUCCAGAAGACCCUGCUAACCCUAUGAACUGGAGUUCAGUAAGGAAGAUUGGAGCUAUAGCCAUGGUAUCCACCAUCACCUUGCUAUCGCCCCUCGCAUCGACUAUAAUCGCACCUUCUACUCCCCAAGUCAUGAAAGCAUUCAACUCGACCAACGAGACGUUAGGCUCCUUCAUAACCUCCAUCUACCUCCUUGGCUACUGCUUCGGCCCGCUCGUCAUCGCACCUCUCUCAGAGCUGUACGGCAGGUCCAUUAUCUACAACGCCUGCAAUACCAUUUUCCUGAUCUUCAGCGUGGCGUGUGCCGUUGCCGACAGCGAGGAUUCCCUGAUUGUCUUCCGUCUCUUUUCCGGCAUCGCUGCAUCGUGUCCCCUCACGCUCGGAGCCGGAACAAUCGCAGACAUGGUGCCGUUGGAGAAACGUGGGAUGGCUAUGUCGUUCUGGAUCAUGGGACCUUUGCUCGGACCAGCCUUUGGGCCUUUGGUUGGGGCUUUCCUCGGUGAUGCUAAAGGCUGGCGUUGGAUCUUCUGGCUUAUAACUGUCAUUGCUGGUGUCGUCUGGGCGGGUGCCCUAUUCCUGCUACGCGAAUCCUACCCUUUCGUGAUUCUGAAGUGGAAGACUCAGCGUCUGCAGAAGGAGACCGGAAACCAGAACCUGCGAUCCGCUUUGGAUACUGGCAAAGUCUACGGGGAUAUUUAUCUUUUAUUUACAACCUUCGAUCGGGUAUUUCAAGGCCAAUACGGUUUCUCGAGUGGGAUCGUUGGGCUGGUAUAUUUGGGAUCGGGAAUCGGGUCUUUCUUCGGCUUGCUCUUCUGCGGCGGAAUUUCAGACUGGCUGGCGAAGAAGCUGACCAAGCGCAACGGCGGAAGUGCAAAACCUGAGUAUCGUCUCCCGGCCAUGUUUGUCGGGGCAGUGGUUGUACCCUUUAGUCUAUUUAUGUACGGCUGGACAGCAGACAAGAAAGUGCAUUGGAUCGCCCCUAUCAUUGGUGUUGGGCUAGUCGGAUUCGGAUUGUUUGCCAUAUUCAUGCCGGCUACUGCCUACCUUGUUGAUAUUUACACUAUCUAUGCAGCCUCUGUAACCGCCGCAGCGCCUGUUUUCCGCUCUCUUCUCGGAGCACUGCUCCCCUUGGCCGGUAACAGCAUGUACGAUGCACUUGGACUUGGUUGGGGAACGUCCACUCUAGCUUUUAUUUCAGUGGCCUUUAUCCCAUUGCCUUUGAUCCUUUGGAAAUAUGGUCAGCGGAUUCGAGACAGCAAAUACGGCCAGGUCAGCUUCUGA